AUGGAAACAAGAGUAAAAUCAAAAAACUGCUUUGUUAUCAAAACUCAAUUUACUUAAUAAAUAUUGUCGAACCCCUCUCCAAAAUAACGUAGCCAAAGAUAUUUUACAAAAGUACCCACAAAUAGGGAAUAAAAACCAAGUGUCAUAAAAUUACUAUCACUUAAUGAAAUAAAAUCGAACUUAGAAAUGUAUUUUAGAAUGUUACUCAUUUUAUAGUCACAAAAGAAGUCGAAGUUCUGAAUCUACAUAUGAAGGAAGUUUAAAUAAAAGAUGUUAAUUUAUAUUUUUAACUUUUACUCACCAAAAACCAAAAUACCAAAGACAUAGACUUUGCAUUAAAAUGUGGAGAAAAUUGAUCCUUUGCGUUUAGGCCAUCCUUUUUAUGUUUAAAGUUGCAUUAGUUGAAUACAAGAUAAGAAGUAGUUCACCACCAAAAAUGUCAAUUUGCCAAUAAUUAAUCCAUCACCAUCCCUACCCAGAAAGUCCCUCUAACAGAAAAAGAAAGAAGAGUUCAAGUGUAGAAACCAAAAAUAGAAAUUGUAGUUUUGGUGAAAAGAUUCAAACUUUGAUUCUUCUCUAAAAAUCGAAAUUAGAUGCUCAAAGAAAUAGUACUUAUCUAAGACAAAUGAAAAACCAAGAUAUAAGAUUAACUCGCUUGAUCAGUUAAAAAGCAGCAAGCACUCACUCUCUACACAUCAAUUCUCUACACACAACAAUCGACAAUUCCAAGUAGUUACCCUCUAUAAAUAAAGUGGAGUAUUUUGAAAGACCCCUCCUAAUUUCAUCCUCAUAAAAAAAAUUUUCUCUAAAAAUAAAGAAAAUACAUUGA